AUGAGGCGAAUAUUGGCUGCAAGACCGGACCACACAGACAACUGCUUUUUCUCAGCGCCCACCUGGGGAUCAACACGCACUUCUGCAGGCUCGCUGUGGGCUGGUUCCACCCAAUCAUUCCGCGAUGGGGCAGCCUGUUCCAAGCCCGUGGGAGAUGAUCUCCGCUUCGUUUCUUUUUUUCGAGGCAAAGCGUUCUCUCUACGCCGCGAUGCUCUUGGUUUUUUUUUUUCUCCUCCUCUGUUGCGCGUAUUUAUGGAGCGGCUGAUAUCCCAGUCCAUCCAAACCGAAGAGUUCAAAUGUUUGCAAAUCACUCACCGAUCUGUGGGGAAGGACGGAAAAUCAGACAAGUGA